GUCCUCGCUCAGCUCCAGGCAGACCUUCCUUCAGCUCCGCGUUUUUUCCUUCCUGUCGGUCCUUUUCGAACCGUCUGACCUGCUCAAGACUCCUUGUGCCGAUGCCCCCAUCGCCCAGCUGGUCUCCAACUCGUUGGUCCCCCGGAUGAGCUGGAAUGCCACGGCUUCAUUGUCAACAAAGAAAAGAGCCAACUCGCCCCAUCUCACCAACUUCGCCACCUGGGGGUACUCAUCGAUACAGAGAAGGAUUGCCUCUUCCUUCCUCAGGACCGCUUCACGACGAUCAGGGAGGAGAUACAGUGUGCGCUGCAGUCUCCGUUUCCUUGCCUCCUGUCUCUGGCACGAAUUCUGGGUCUAAUGGUGGCCACCAUAGACGUAGUCGCAUGGGCCAGGCUCCACUACAGGCCACUUCAGUGGUUCCUGCUUCCCCACCAGCGUUCCAUCGCCCGGCGGAAGCUGAGGCUAUCCCCCACUGUCAGGUCGUCCCUCCACUGGUGGCUGGCCCCAGCACACCUCCUCUGGGGGAGGGAGUUCCUGGACUCCCCCAAAGUCAUAGUAACAACGGAUGCCAGCAACAGGGGUUGGGGCACCCACUGCCUCACCCUGACAGCCCAGGGCCAUUGGACGGCCACGGAGAGGAAACACAGUAUCAACUGGCGGGAACUCCAGGCCAUCCGCCUGGCACUCCUCACCUUCCACUCAACAAUUUGCAAGAGGCAUGUGUUGGUAAAAACCGACAACACCACCGCAAAGGCCCACAUAAAUCGACAGGGGGGCACCCGCUCAUUCUCCCUUCACCAGGAAGUGCUCCUUCUACUCUCCUGGGCGGACUGGGAGCUGGAAUCCCUGACAGCUCAUCAUGUGAAGGGAGAUCUCAACAUUCUGGCAGACUGGCUCAGCAGGGAAGACGUGCAACCAGGGAAGUGGUCUCUUCAUCCGGCCACGUUUCAACAAAUCACGGACAGGAUGGGGACCCCAGUAAUCGACCUCUUCGCAUCUCCCCUGAAUGCCCAGUUGCCCCGAUUCAUGACCCGUUUUCCGUGUCGGUUGGCAACAGCGACGGACGCCCUAUCAACGGACUGGCCGAGGGGUUUGCUGUACGCCUAUCCACCGACCCCUCUAAUCUCCAGAGUCCUGAGGAGGAUACGACUCCUGCGGGCCCAAACCAUCCUGAUAGCUCCAUUUUGGCCUCGGCGCCCCUGGUUUCCAGAGCUACUACACCUCUCCAAGGAACCGCCGUGGGAACUGCCAAUGCGUCCCGAUCUGCUCUCACAAGGCCCAGUACUUCACCCCAAUCCAGGGUGGUUAAGGCUUGCCGCCUGGAAACUGAGCGGCGAGCUCUGAGGCAGUUCGGUUAUUCUAACAGAGUUGUGGCCACCAUGCUGGCGUCCUGCAGGCCUUCCACCAACCGCAUCUACCAGUCCACUUGGAGGGCAUUCCUACGCUGGUCAUCCCGCCACUCCAUUCCCAGGGGCAAUGCCAAUCUACGUCACCUCCUUCUGUUUCUGCAAGAGGGUUUGGAAAAGGGUCUGCGCCCAAACACUCUGAAACGCCAGGCAGCCUCUUUAGUUGGCUUGAUUUCGGGGGGAAAGUCGGACUCUUGGAAGACCUACCCGCACCUCAAGCGUUUUCUUCGAGGCGCGACCUUGCUAUCCCCUCCGACAGUACACCGCUUCCCGUCCUGGGAUCUCCACGUGGUGUUAAAGGCGCUACAGAAACCUCCCUUUGAGCCUGUGGCCAGUAUUCCCCUCAGGAUUCUCUCGUUCAAACUUGCCUUUUUGGUAGCAGUGACAUCAGCUAGGCAUAUCUCAGAACUAAGGGCCCUCUCCAUCCACAAGUCCUUCUGCAUCUUUUCCAAGGAGGCAGUCAGACUGAUUCCGGACCCCUUUGUCAGACCUAAGGUGGCGUCGGUCUUCCAUCAGUCCCAGGACGUGUUCCUCCCCUCAUUCUGUCCGCAUCCUAAGCAUGAGAGGGAAAGGCUGUGGCAUAAUCUAGACGUUUGUCGCUGCCUCAAAAAAUACAUCACGCACACGUCCACCUUCCGAACUUCGGACAAAAUGUUUGUCUCCUUCCAUCCCAGAUCCAUGGGCUCGGCCGUUUCAGCUCCUACGAUCGCCCACUGGAUUCGGGCAUGCAUCAAGCUGGCAUACGAGGUACAGCGUCUCUCUCCUCCUUCAGGCGUCUCGGCGCACUCCACCAGAGCGGUGGCUACCUCAGCAGCGUUCUCCACAAAUGCACCAGUACAGGACAUCUGUCGAGCUGCUACUUGGUCCACGCCUUCCACAUUCACCAGGCACUAUAAAAUUGAGACCCACGCCGACCUUCAGGCAGCAUUUGGCAGAAGGGUGCUUCAGCGGGUCCUUCCCCAGGAGUAGGCCAGAGCGCACCCGCCCGUGUGUUGGCCAGCUGUGGUAUGUCCCAGAGGUGUCCCUGGCAACAAACAACCGAGAAAGGAGCAUUGGUUCCACUUACCGUGAAGGCUUCUUCUGGUUGGUUGUUGCCAGGGACACCUCGACCCACCCAGUUUGGCGCUCCUGGCCUCUCCUGUUGGGGGUUCCCUCUCGGGCCUCAUCCUGGGGUAUACAGAUUGCCUGUCUCCCCAGUUAGGUCCUUCCAGUCGUUUUUCCCCUGUUCCUGUUUUGUUGUGUAAUUUCUCUGACUGUAUUGUUGUUUUAUGACCAAUUAUUACUUGAGCUGUAUUUUCUCUCGGCCAAAAGAACUGGGAGGGCUUAUCCUCCUAGCACCAAGGGGGUGUGGCCAAGAAUCUUUAACCAAUCAAAACUGUCCUGCCUUGGAGCUAGUGAAAGAGGAUAACCCAGAGGUGUCCCUGGCAACAACCAACCAGAAGAAGC